GUGAUAACCUUGACCUGUUUCAUUUUGACCCAUUGCAUAGCAAUGACCAGUCUAUACCAGCAGGGGGAGAGCUGGCAAAUUCUGGAGAAGGAGGAGAUGAAGAUGAAAGAAGAGCAGGGAGCUCCAGCUUAUCAGAACUUGAAGAGCUAAGCUUUCUUGAUUUUUCUGCUCCCAACUCAGUUGGAGGACUUGAAAGUGGAAAUUGUUCAAUUGAUCGCCGUGGUUCAAGCCAUGGGAAUGAGAUGAUUGACACCGUGGUUCCUCCAACCCCAGUCAACAGCCUGGUCGGUAGCCGCCCACCCAGCAGCUGUGGGGUCAGGUUCUUUCCAGAAGAUGUUGUUGAAAGGAUCAGUUGCCUACAACAUAAAGACAGUGUGUCAUCGUCUUUGUCAGAAACCUGGGAUGAACUGGGCUUUGACACACAAGGAGCAUUGUCCUCAAGUGACAAUAAUGUGUGGACUAGACCUAAAGAUUCUGAGAGCCCACCUAAUAUUUUGGAAGAAGUUGGAGGCAAAGACUUAGUCGGUAACAUGAGACACAUGCCAACAAACAAGACAAAGAAGAAAACAUUUUAGAGGAGAAGAGUGGUAUGUGUGAAGCAUUUAACCAGCUACCUGAAGUUGUAAAAAUAGUCAUAGAGGCUGCAGAGGGUACAACACAGAGUGAAGAAAUGGAGGACAAAGAUCUACAAAGUGCUCAGAGCCAAAAGAACUCUGCAGAAGAUGAAGAUGAAAUAUCCACCUAUGAAGGCACUGACACGUGGGACUUACCUGUCUGUGGCAUGGUCACCUCCACCUCUGAAUACGACAACGUAGGAGCAGGUGUGUGGAGCCUGACAUCCUCCCCUGACACUUCUACUUGCCCUAUAGUAGACAUGAUACAGUUAGAGGAGCAGUCUAGCCCUUUUAUAGCUGUGACCAAACCCAUUCAGACAGACGAGAGAGUAGAUAUUUCAAAUAAAGAACAGCCAGAUAACCAAGUGUUUCUGUUUGAGGCAGCCAGUGAGAUGGGUCACAGAAGCAGAGAAGGAUCAGCGGAGACUGACUGGAUAGAGCAACCCAGAGAUCAUUCCCCAUUUCUUCUGGUUAGCUGCUCCACCAGCACUCAGCAAAUUUCACGGAGUCAAGAGGAAGCUGCUGAACCUCAAAUCCAGACUGAUCAAGCGUUAUCCCUGAGCUGUGUGACAACCAGUGAAGAUGAGCUUGCCACUGAAAGCCAAGUGGGAGCUAAAAAUGAGAGCACGGAAAGUACGUUGCUGAGCUCCAGUCCUCGUGGCGAGACCGACCCACUGAAAAACGAUGACAGUUGUCACGCAGAUAGUCAAGAUGAACUUGGCCUAGAAAUGGAAUACAUCUUUGUAUCUGGCACAGUAAAAGAAGCUACAAGAGAGUGGCAUGAGAGGCCUAAACAGAGUGAAAGGCAAUCAAAGGGAACAAAGAAGUCCAUGGCGACGUUUAGCAUGCUGUCCUAUGCUGCCUCAGUUCUGCAAACUCAGGCCCAAGCUGCAAAACAAGAUUAUGACAAAGACACGCUGCAAAAUAAGGUACAACAAGUCAGGGAAACUUACCAAGCAACUCUUGAUAGUGCCGCUAAGCGUCACAUGGUUCCAGAAAUUGUUGGUCCCAGUCAAUCAAAAAAUGACUCAGAAGCUUUUCAUCAGUCAGAUUCAAGACCAACAGGCUGCAGUCAAUCAGAGUUUGAAGAAGGAAAUUAUGACAGUGAAUCAAGCAUUGUGCCCCGGAGUGUGUCUCCAUCAUUAAGAUAUCCAUCAGAUCACUUUUUGAAAACCAUAGAGGAGGUUUAUGUCCGCUCACAGAUCUCGAUGGAAGAUUCGGACGAAGGUGGUCAUUCGCCACCAGCUCCUUCACCAUGUCCGGCUUCCUUGGGUGACUUUCAAGUCUGGGGUGCUCAGUUAGGCAGACAGGACACAUCCCAAACCACAUCUGAGCCGCAAUCCCCCGUGCUUACCAACAGUUCAGCCUCCCAUACCAGCUCUCUGAUUGGCACCCCUGUAAAUGAAACAUGUGUUUCUAUUGACAAAAGACUCGGGUUACCAUUUUCUGGAGAUUUAAUGGAAGAGGAAAAUGACGAGGAGGAGCAGGAUGAGGAAACUGACGCACUAGAGCACACUAGCCUUCCAAAAUGGACCUCAGAAGUACAAAGAGAGAGGGAAGAAAGAAAAGAGUUAGUGUCUUCAGACCUACUGAGCUUCACUGAUGACCUGAUUGGAGAUUCUUCAUUUCAACAAGCACAUGAGCCAAAGAGGGAUGGGUUUCUACUCAACAGAGUGGAUUACUGUGAUGGACAACCUAUAAGGACUGAUGAUUGGGAUAAAUGGUCUACUGAACAUCAGACUGGAGAUGUUGGAGCUUCACAAGAUAGUUAUUUAGCUGAUUUAAGAACACACCAAGACAUAACAUCACAACUGUCGUCCCAUCAAGAAAAUGCUGCAUAUCAGUGGUCAGGACAACAGACCGUAACUCAGGGUCAAACCCAGUAUGGCUACAACUACCAUCACAUCGACCAAAGAACUGAAAACCAGUGCACCUAUCCAGCCUUUGUAGAGACCAAAUCCGACAGAGCACGGCAAACCACUGAUGUCUAUGCUGAGUUUACAACUGAUGCCACACCUACAAAAUACAGAUAUGAACAGACUGAUAACUAUUUUGAAGCUGGAGCUAAUGCCCCAAACUGCUUGGAUGAUGCACACUUUAGGUGUCAGUGCACAGCUGAAAGCCAGUAUAUAGAUGCCUCCACCUCUUUGUGCAGUUCUGACCUCCAGUACGUUCAGUAUCAAGCUGAUGGCCAGGGUCAGUAUGAGUCACAGUCAGACCAUGCUCAUUAUCAGUCUGAAGGGCAGCCAUUCUAUCAGCCAGAUGUCCACACUGAGGCAGAAGAUCAUGCACGGUAUGUGCCGGAGGGAUAUGUUCACUUUUUCCUGUCAAGACACUCCCAACAGGAAGUUGGUGCAGCGGGGAUGAUGAUGAGGAUGGCCUCCAGUGAAGGCACUACAGAGGAUGUGGAUAACAGAGAAGACCAACCCUCCUCAGCUGAUAUAUCAGGUGGGUCUAAUCAAAGGAGAAAGCUGGCAGCUCCACCAAUGAACGUGUCCCUAGACCGCAGUGAGGGGUCUCCUCUUUCAGAAGAUACCCUGGAUACAGAGGAUGACACCUUGGAUACUGGGGAUGACUUGGAUGUCAACUUGGAUGAGUUGGACACACCUGAUGAGGCAGACUCACUGGAAUUUAACAGACGUGGGGACUCAGAGGAGUCUGUUCUGGCUGCAGGUGCAGCAUCAAGUGAUCCAGGCCACAAAGCAGUGGAGGAGAGCAGGCUGUGGAGGAGCGUGGUGAUUGGAGAGCAGGAGCACCGCAUUGAUAUGAAGUGCAUUGAGCCCUACAAAAGAGUCAUUUCUCAUGGCGGUUAUUAUGCUGAACAGAAAGCCAUUAUUGUGUUUGCUGCAUGUUUCCUACCAGACAGCAACUGUGACAAUUACAAUUAUGUCAUGGAAAACCUUUUUCUAUAUGUAAUAAGUACCUUGGAAUUGAUGGUAGCCGAAGAUUAUAUAAUUGUUUAUCUGAAUGGUGCAACACCUCGCAGGAGAAUGCCUGGUUUCACCUGGAUGAAAAGGUGCUACCAAAUGAUUGACAGAAGACUGAAGAAAAACCUAAAGAUGUUCAUCAUUGUUCAUCCCUCCUGGUUCAUACGGACUUUGCUAGGAAUUACCAGACCCUUCAUAAGUUCCAAGUUCAGCAGUAAGAUCAAGUAUGUGCAUAGUCUGCAGGAGCUUGGAGAAAUCAUUCCCAUGGAGUAUGUCCACAUUCCUCACAGCAUUGUCAAACUGGACACAGAAUUGCAGGAAACAACAGCAGAAGUCGACAAGGGGAACUCAGCUGUGUGAUGAGAUAUUUGGCUGCUGCCCUUCGUCGCCCCCCUGUGUUAUGGUGUACCUUAGCGCAGCAUGUCUGAACAUAAAAGCCGGCCUGCAGCAUGACACGUACACAAAGCUGUUACACCAACAACUAGCUCAGAAAGGAGGAUGCUGUUGUAGAAAACAUCAGGCAAAAGCUAAUUCAGAUCUGAGGGUGCAGAAUAUACAGUAAUACUGUGAUUGUGGUGCAAAAACUGUACUAUGCUGAAGGGAAAAUGCUUUAUACUAUAAUACAGUUCUCUCAGCACUUGAUUAUGUUCCUUCUUUGUUUUCUUUUACUUCAUCUUUAAUGUCAACCAUGCUUUUAUUGACAUGCAAUUCACAUUAUAGAUUACCUUUGAGGAUACUAGUUACGGGCUUGUAACAUUCAUGUGUUAACGAUCAUAUAUUGAUAAUUAACUUUGGGUUAUUGUAAUAAUGUAUUUUUGGAGCCACGGUGAGGCUCUAGAGUAGUACUAGCAUCCCAUGUGAAUAAGCCACAAACAUAAACUGAAGGUGCAGUAAUUUCCAUAUUGUGUGAAUGAGAGGAAAUGUAAUUUAGUUUGAAGACAUUUAUUGAGGUAUUUUCAAAUUAAAUUAUGUCAGUAGGUAAAUGUGGGGUUAACGCAGUGGUCUGCCUGACUCACCUCCACAUGAUGCCACUUACUAAUCAGCAUUCAGUGUAUGUUAAGUAUUUGCCUUUAUACAUGUAGUCCUAAAAUGAAGUGAAAUCAUAUUCUGAAUGUUAUUUAAAUGACUGCUUCAGCUUGUAUUACAUCUCAUCUGCUAAGAUCUCUGUUCGCAUCAAAGACUGUAGAAAAUCUUUUCGUUUUGUUUUGCACACGCAAAAAAUGUGUCCACAUGAGCAUGAAACAGAACGGCCAAGCAGGUUUGAAAUAGUUUUCAAAAGUGUGGGUCACUCAUUUUACAGCAAAGUUUUACAUUAUGCCACAAUCUCGUUCAGUAUCUCAGUCAGUCUUUAUAGCAAGUGUUUACAAGGCUGCCACCCUGUGUGACUGUGAGAAUAAAGUAGCAGUUAUUCUGUAGCAGAAGUUGUGUUGCAUGCUUUUAGUUUGAAAUGACUCAGAUGUACAUACCCAAAAGCGGAGCAGUGUGCUAAUAUUGUACAUUUCUAUUUCUGGUUGUGUGUGUGUGUGUGUGUGUGAGAGAGAGAGAGAGAGAGAGAGAGAGAGAAAGAUUCUUACUGUAAGUGCUGCUGAGGAAAUACUGUGUCUAUUAUUUAGAGAGGCACACUGUAGAAAGUGUCCACUGUGCAAGUUGGGGCAUAUCACUUUUAUUUAUACAUGUUUGUGGCUUGCACGGUACU